AUGUCUGCCACACCAGACGAAGCCUUCUCCGUGUACGGUCUCUGGUCGAAACGUCUGAUGAUAGUAUCUGUGUCGCUAUUCGCGCUCCUCGGUACCAUGUCUACCAGCAUGUAUUAUCCUGCGCUACCCACUGUGGCUCGUGAUCUUGGCGUAUCCAUCACGGAUGUCAAUCUGUCAGUAACAACAUUCAUGAUCCUCCAAGGCAUCGCCCCCACCUUCGUCGGCAGCUUUUCAGACUCAAGUGGCCGCCGUCUCGCUUACAUCGCAUGUUUCUCAGUUUUCCUUGUCGCCAACAUUACACUGGCACUGCAGAACACCUAUGGUGGGCUUCUUGCGCUACGGUGUGUUCAGAGUGCAGGCGCCGGUGGAUUGAUUCCUCUCGCCAGUGGUGUUAUUGCCGAUAUUGUCGAGCCAGCUGAGCGAGGAUCAUACAUGGCCUGGGCUACCGUUGCUCCUGUUCUUGGUCCUGCUCUGGCACCUGUGCUAGGCGGUGUCUUUACUCGCUAUCUUGGAUGGCAUUCUAUCUUUUGGUUCCUAGCUAUCGCAUGCAUCGUGCUGGGUGUCUUGUUUCUCUUCUUCUUUCCCGAGACGAACCGUAAGCUUGUUGGCAACGGAUCGCGCGCGCCACCACGACUCAGUCAGCCAUUUUACUUGUUCUUCACUCAGAGGAACAAGCAGCAGCAGGGAGAGGCAACGGAACGGAGGCCCAUGUCUUUUCCUAAUCCUUUCGCUAUCUUGAAGGUGGUCUUGGAUAAGGAAGGUGUAGUGGUGCUUGCUGGAAAUGGCGUGAUCAACAUACUGAUAGCCGGUGUCAACACAGGCCUUCCGCCGCUUAUGAUGACCCUCUACGAUCUUUCAGAAGUACAGACAUCUCUCUGCUUCUUGGCUUUUGGUAUUGGUAGCGCUGUCUGUACCGUCAUCACGGGCCGACUCAUGGACAAGGCCUACCGAAGAACAGCUGCUAAGCAUAAUAUCCCGCUCAAGCUCGCCCGUCGGGACCCAAAUAUGCCAGUAGAGCACGCCCGCCUGCAAGUAACAUGGCCGCACAUCGCCGCCGCUAUCGCUGGUCUCCUUGGGUACGGAUGGACGUUGAACAAACCAACCCAUCUCGCCGGGCCCAUGAUCUUCCUCUUUAUCAUCGGCUACACGACCACGGCCGUCGCGCAAGCUCUGAAUGCUCUCAUGGUUGAUCUCUUUCCGCAAGACGCGGCCACUGCAAGUGCGGCCAAUAACUUAAUACGCUGCGGUUUGGGCGCUGCCAUAACUGCUGCUAUCCAACCUUUGACCGAUGCGGUUCAGCCUGGUUGGACAUACACCAUCUUUGCGGGCUUCCUUCUGAUAAUUGUUCCCUUUUUCAUUGCGUUGACUCAAUUUGGGCCAGACUGGCGAGCGGUUCGCAUGCAGCGAGGCAUCACUGACCAGGGAGAGGAGAGCAAUAUUGUGCAAGUUAUAGAGAAUGGAGAAGCGAAGGCUGCUUGA